AUGGCGGCACAGGCCAACCCUGUGCUUCACCAUAACCACCAUUUCCCUUUCUCUUUAACUUUCAAAACCUUACAUUUUUCACUUUCCCUCCCAAUACCUUCUCUCUCUCUCACUUCUUCUUCUUCUUUCUCUUUGUCUUCAUCUUCUUCUUAUGCUUCUUCUUCUUCUUCUCGUUCUUUACAUUUGCCUCGGGUUUCUACAGCUCCGGUUGAUUAUGCCCCACCAGCUCCCGACUAUGACCUUCAACAAGAGAUUCUUAGGCUGAGAGGUCUAUGUACUAAGCUUUCUAAAAGGAAGAGCAUCAAGGAGAAGUUGAAACUCAUUGACCAUGAUUCUAGAGUCAGACGAUUUUUCAAUUCUCGCCGUAACUGGUUCUCUAGGGUUUUGCCUCAGCUCAACUUGGAUCCCUACGAUUGCUUCUUGCUCAAGUGUUUGGUUGCGGCGGGGCAAGAACAUGUCCUUAGUUUAGGGAUUGAGUCUGUGGAGAGUGAAUUUGAGACUGCAAGGGGUGUGGUGAAGCACGCGCUUUAUUCGCUUGUAGAAGUGAUUGAGAAGUUUGAUGUAAAUGGCAAUGGCGGUGGGAAUGAGGGAUUUGGGAAGGAGGAAAUAGUUCUGGAGAAGGAAGAGUUAAGGGACUUGAAAAAGCUCUUUGUUAAUUUACGAGAGAUUGAAAAAUUUUAUGAUUGCAUUGGAGGAAUCAUCGGGUAUCAGAUUAAAGUUCUAGAGCUUCUUGCCUGUUCAAAACCUGAAAGAUAUUCUAUGAAUUGGUCUGGCCAAAAGAACCAGGCAAUGGAUAGUGAAUUUUUGGAGAUUCAUGCACCCAAUGGACCUGAUCUUUCUCAAAAUAUAGAAUAUGCAUCUCAAGCAGCAUUGUGGGGAAUUGAGGGUUUACCUGAGUUGGGUGAAAUUUAUCCUUUGGGAGGCUCUGCUGAUAGGCUUGGUUUGGUAGAUCCUGAUACAGGAGAGUGUCUUCCUGCAGCAAUGCUUUCUUAUUGUGGUAGGACUUUAUUGGAAGGUCUUAUAAGAGAUCUUCAGGCUAGAGAAUUCUUGUACAACAAGAUCUAUGGGAAACAAUGCAUUACACCUGUUGCAAUCAUGACAAGUUCAGCAAAGAAUAACCACAAAAGAAUUGUAUCUCUCUGUGAAAGAUUUGGAUGGUUUGGAAGGGGUCGGUCAAACUUCCAACUCUUUGAGCAGCCUCUGGUUCCAGCCAUUAGUUCAGAUGAUGGAUUGUGGUUAGUUACCAAAUCUUUUGCUCCAAUAUGCAAGCCUGGUGGUCAUGGUGUUAUAUGGAAGCUUGCACAUGACAAAGGUAUCUUUAAGUGGUUUUAUGACCAUGGAAGAAAAGGUGCGACAGUUCGGCAAGUCAGUAAUGUUGUGGCAGCUACAGAUCUGACCCUAUUGGCCUUGUCAGGAAUUGGUUUGCGACAAAAAAAGAAACUAGGCUUUGCAUCUUGUAAGAGGAUAGCAGGCGCUACAGAAGGCAUGAAUGUUUUAAUUGAGAGGAAGAAUCUUGAUGGGAUGUGGGAAUACGGUUUGUCAUGCAUUGAGUACACCGAGUUUGAAAAGUAUGGGAUCACAGAAGGAUCUCGUUCUUCAGUCAGUCUGCAGGAGUCAUUCCCUGCUAAUACAAACAUCUUAUAUGUGGAUUUGCGUGCUGUGGAGAAGGUGGUCUCAACUAAUAGUGAAAAGAGUUUGCCAGGAAUGGUGCUAAAUUUAAAAAAACCUGUUGCAUAUUUUGACCAGUUUGGAAGAAAGCAUAGUGUUUCUGGAGGUCGACUAGAAUGCACCAUGCAAAAUAUUGCUGAUAGCUUCUUUAAUACAAGUUCAUCUCGAUGUUAUAAUGAUGUAGAAGACAUACUGGAGACUUUCAUUGUGUACAAUGAGCGAAGAAGGGUCACAUCAUCAGCUAAAAAGACAAGAAAGCAUGCUAGUGUGCCCUUACACCAGACUCCAGAUGGUGCACUUUUGGAUACCUUGCGAAAUGCGCAUGAUCUUCUUUCACUGUGUAAUAUUGAAGUUCCUGUGGUUGAAAGUAAUGACAAAUAUGUUGAUUCUGGACCACCAUAUCUCAUCCUUUUACAUCCAGCACUUGGCCCACUUUGGGAGGUUGCUAGGCAGAAGUUCUCUGGUGGUUCGAUAUCAAGGGGCUCUGAGUUGCAAGUUGAGGUUGCCGAGUUUUUGUGGAGGAAUGUUCAGCUUGAUGGGAGUUUGAUUGUAUUGUCUGAAAAUGUUAUGGGCUCAUUGAAGAUCGAUGAAAAUGGGGAAUCAUUAAUCCACUAUGGACAAAGGUGUGGAAGAUGUAAAUUGGAGAAUGUCAAUGUGCUGAAUAAGGGAAUUGACUGGAAUGCUGAAAACAAUAUUUACUGGAAGCUUGAGGUGCAGCGGUACGAGGAAUGCAAGAUCAUUUUGCAUGGAAAUGCUGAAUUUGAGGCCACGAAUGUUGUUUUACAGGGUAAUCAUGUAUUUGAAGUUCCAGAUGGCUACAAAUUGAAAAUUGCACCAGGAACUUCUGGUUUUGAAGCUCAGUUAGAUCCAAUUGAGCUUGAUAAGCAGGAUACCGGAAGUUGGUGCUGGAACUACAAAAUAGAGGGUUCUCAUAUCAAGCUGGAGUAUGUGGAGCUAUAGGUUGCCUACGAAAUAACUUAAAACCAUGCCCUUUGUGAAUGGUAGUUCACAGAUGGUCUUCUUCAUAAUAAUCUAGCGGAAAUGAUCAGUUUGGUUAAACAGUACUUAACCACUCUCAUCCUCCCCUCCAAAAGAAAAAAAAAAAAAACCUUGAUUUUUUUGUAUUAAUCCUGUAAAUCGAAUGUAAAAAGUGGACACCGAGCAAAUGGAAUCGUUUGCGCCGGAUUACAUGAGUAAAUAGAAAGCUCCGUUCUAUCAAGUA